AUGGCAGCAGCAGCGGUCACUGGUCUCUCCAACACCUUUCUGUCCGUUUAUAGAAGUAAAAACAUCUAUAGACGAGCGGUUUGUUACUUGGCAGCUGCGAGAAGAACCACGCAUGCAAUUAAGCGUGGGAAAUGGUACGUGCUCUUAGCGGUUCCUGCAGUGGGUUUACUCGGGCUUGAACUCCAGAUGCUCCAGAGACAGAGACCGGCCGCGGUGCUUGCUCUCGACAGAGUGGAGCUGUUGGAGCAGGCCGAUUACCUCUACAGCUGCGCAGAGACGGACAAACUCUAUCAACUUCUGGUGCAGCAGAAAGACAGAGAGGACGUGGACUUCCUGUGGCGUUUGGCUCGAGCGACUCGGGACCUGGCUCUUCUUCCAGAGACGUCAGCGGACAGAAAGAAGACGCUGCUGUACGAGGCGUUCGAGGUCGCCAAACGAGCGCUGGCCAAAGACGACAAAUGUUACGCUGCACAUAAAUGGUACGCCAUCUGUCUGAGCGACAUGGGAGACUAUGAAGGAGUCAAAGUCAAGCUGGGAAACUCUUACAUCAUUCGGGACCAUCUCCAGAAAGCCAUCGAGUUGAAUCCAAAAGACGCCACUUCAAUGCACAUUCUGGGAUACUGGUGUUUCGUUUUCGCAGAUCUGCCCUGGUAUCAGCGCAAAAUGGCGGCUGUGAUAUUUGCCACCCCGCCCACCGCCACGUUCGAAGAGGCUUUGGAACAUUUCUUGAAAGCAGAAGAAGUGGAUCCAAACUUCUUCAGUAAAAACUUGCUCAUGCUCGGACAGACGUACCUGAAGAUCAAAGAUAAGAUCAACGCUAAAGUGUGGCUGGAAAAAGCUAAAGCCUAUCCCCCGCUCACACACGAGGACAAACAGGUUCAGAAAGAGGCCAUAGAUCUGCUCAAGACUCUGGGCUGA